GUUGGGGCUCUGGAUUUUUCUCAUUUAACCUUAGAAAUUUCAACAGGCAACACCAGAGCCGAAAUCUUAUAGUAAAAUUUUUACCAAAAAUUCCAAAUUUAUCAAGCAUAUGGUGAAACCUUGUCGCAGCAGAUUUUGUAAAGCAAAUCAAAAGUUUAUUUUAAAAGAGAUAUGCAGCGUUCGACUUACCCACUAAUUGCCUGGCACAUUGUGCGUCCGGGAUUCAUCGGGAUGAUUGACGGCAGUGGGCGCAGUUCUCGAAGGACCUAUGCUUCCGGUUCGUGGGGCCAGGAUGAAGGGGGCAUGCCCAAGAGCGGACCUCCGCGGGCAAGUGCCACAUCGACGGUGAUGAGCGAUGCGGCCUCCUAUUCGCGCGGUGCCAAUCGAGGGGCUCUGGAGCGUCGCAUCAAUAGGGAGGAUAAUAUGUGGCGCGAUCGCAGCUAUAUCGAUACAAAGUGGCUGAAUCCCCGCGAUCCCCUGGCCUAUCGCCCCAAUUUCCGCCAAACCGAGCCGACUUCGCUGCGAAAGCAAUUCAUGCGCAGUCCCGAUGAGAUUUCCCGCGAGAUGAUGGGUCGCGAUUGGGAGGAAUCGGUGAAGAGCUACAAACGCAGUAGGGUCACGGCCACGGGGCAGGAGGGUGGUGGUGCUGAUCCCGCUCGCAAUCGCCAGCAACACUUGCAUCUGAUGCACAUGCAACAGAAACAGGAACAGCAGCAACAGAAACAGCAGCAACAGCAGCAGCAACAGCAGCAGCAAAACCAACAGCAGCAACAGCAACAGCAGCAACAGCAACAAUUGAAAUACCAGCAACAGCAAAAUUAUUGGGGCAGAAUCAAUAAUCCCAAGGAUUAACAAUUCAAACUCAAAAUUAGCCACCUAAUAUGCCAAUCGAACCAGAAACCCAUCAAUUCUAUUUAAAUAUAUCCCCCAGUCAAGCGGAGUCGAAAUAGUUCAAGCGAUCCCAGAAUUCCGAUUCCGAUUCCGUCACAAUUGACAUUUGUUUAAUUCGUUCAGAUGUUAAAUGCAAAACAUGUGAUUUAACGCAUGUCACAAUUUUAUUUUUGCAAAUCAAUCAUGUAAAUCGAAUCAAAUAAUUUUAGGGAUAUUAAUACGGUUUUUUUUUUUUUGAAAUGGCAAGUGGAGUUAAUAAUAAAAUACACAUAGAUCAUGUAUGUAGAACAGGA